GGUCACACUGCUGCAAAGUCGAGCAAGACGGAUUCGUGUGUUGGUGAAACCCCGUGAGUUUUGCGUACUUGCAUUUAAAGAAAACCCCUCAACGCCCGUGGAAUAGUCAAUAAAUUGAUUGGAGAGCCCAAUCAGCCACCGUUUCGACCCAGUGUACGCGUGUGCAGCGAGAGAUCCACCGAUCGAUCAAAUCGUAUUGAAAAAAGGUAAAUCGACGUCGACGACUGCGGAAUACCUAAGAGCCAAAGCAGCGAAAGAAUAAAGAAACAAGGAAACAUUUGCACGCCAGCGGAGCAACUGCACCAGAGCACCACCAGCGACAAGAAAAACCACUUCAACAAAAGAGGAUAACAUACUGGAAGUGCUCCACUCGCAUCGCUCGCACACACAAACACACACUCCUGCCCAGCAACAUACACACACACACACAUUCAUACUGUACGUGCCCGACGGUGGGAAAGUAAACCGACAUCUUUUUACGACCGCCGAGAGUUUUGCAAUCAGAAGAAGUCGGAGAGCCGAGCCGAGUCGAUCGGUCAGCCCUUUGAUAAGCCAGAGAGAGAGAGAAGGGAGCAGCUCAGCACAGCGCAGCACAGAGAAACGGAGAAUAAGAGAGGAACAGGUUACCAAGUCGAACGCGCAACGAAUUUGGAAAUCGAGACAGCCGAAAGUGCGUGAGCGUGAUCGUUUGUACGUAGCCCCCGAAAAAGUUGAAAAAAAACAGAAAUUCAGAUACCCGCAGACCCGGACUUGCAUUUAGGCCAGACCAGCUUGAAGGGUUUCCAACCCAGGCCCAUGAGCAGCUGAGCCAGCGGCAGCAGCUAAAACGGAAACCAGACUUAUACCUUGAACACACCCAAUCUACGCCAGAUCCAAAUGAAAACGUUAGUGCUCAGUCCGGAGGACCUGCAGAACUUCAACAAGUUCAUCUAUGACCCAAAGUCGGCUGCCCAGCUGGCCGCCAGUGCUGGUGCAAUUGGAGCAGCGGCGGCGGCAGCAGCAGCGGUCCAUGGUCCACCAGCUGGCACCACAGUACAGCUGCUCCAGAGCGGCGGAGUCGGUGGCUCGAUGAAUCCGGGCGUGUUGCCCGUAUCCGUGCCCGUUCCCACCAGCACAGCCAACAGUGCCAAUAACCUGAUGGCGCUGCACUACUACCUGAAGCAUCCCGGUAUCCAGCAGAUGCCCAUCCCACAGCAGCAACAUCAGCAGCAGCAUCAGCAACAGCAGCAACACCACCAGCAGCAUCAACAACAGUUAUUGGCCCAGUCACAGACGCAGCUGAAACAGCUGCAGCUCAAGCAGCCCACGAUCCACCAGCACCAGCAACACAUCAGCUAUCAUCAUCAUCCAUACUACCAGCAGCAGCCACAGCAGGCACCGCCACCGCAACCACAGCCUCUGAAAAGCCAGCCGCAGUCGCACCUGCCCGUUCACGCCCUCAAUCAGAACUCGAACUUCUCGGCGGCCAGUUCCAGUACGGGCGGCACUGCCUCCAGCCAUGCGCCCACCCAGCAAUCGAAUGGUUCCAGCGUAUCACCCACCAUUGUGUCGAGGGUGGCGGCCGUUGGGACACCCAGCAGCAGCAAUAUUGCAGCCGCGGCCAAUGCUCUACUACGGGCAUCGGCCGCCUCCACAGCUCCGAGCUCCUCCGCCUCGUCGUCCUCUUCGUCCUCAUCCGCGUCGUCGAGCUCCUCGUCCAGCAGCUCCUCCUCCAGCGCCAGCAGUUCAGCGAACUGCGCCAAAAAGCUUAAGACGGAACCAAUACUGUCGCAGUACAAUCAAACGGAGCGCCUUAAUUUUGCCAACACGUACAUCGUGUGGAGCGAAGAGCACUGGCGACGGGUGGUGUUCCACGACGAGCGUAGGUUCAAUCUGGACGGACCAGAUGGCUUCUCAUACUAUUUCCACGAUUUGCGCAACUACGAGCGAACGCUGUCGCAGCGGCCGCGAGGAAACUCUGUGUACAUUUACCUGAUGGUCUGCGUGGGAGGAGCCGUGCUUCUGGAGGUGUCAUCCGCCAAACAGCGACCAGAAUCCUGCAUCGAGGCCAUCAUGCGCGAGCGGCCCAAUAUUGUAACCAAAUUGGGCGGCAAUUCGGAGUUUGUGCUGCAGGAUCACAAUUGGAUGUCGCACGCCCUGCCCACCGCCCAGGAUCUUCUCAAUGCCGAAGGCCUCAAGACCCAGAAAUGGCCCACCAUUGCCCAUGAUUUGAACAUUAUGGAGAACGUGUGGGGCUGGCUCAUUCGCGAGGUAUUCGAAGGCGGACGAAAGUUCUCGCGCAAGGACGACUUGAUAUUCCGCAUCAAGGAGGCGUGGUCCCGCCUGCCACUCGACCUGAUCACCAACCUGUACAGCACGCUACCGGAACGAAUCACGGAGCUCUACUACACACAGGGCGUCUACACGAAUUGUUGACACCGGCGUCCAGAGCAACCAGGAUGUGGACAGGGCUCAGGGCACUUGACCGCUAUGGCGGUCGUGCAGGUGGACAAUGCUCGUGUUCCAGAACCUGAUCCGAGGAGUGGGCGCUCCUCUGCGUCUGUCAGAGGCCGGAGAGCGAAGGAAAAAAAUCUUUAUAUACAAUUUAACUUAACUUUUUGUGUAUAGCUUUAAGAUGUGUGCAAAGGAGCUGACGGGACUGCUUAGAGACCGACGGACUGAAAGCGAGAAAGACAGACGAUUGGCCGGACGGACAGACGGACGCACCGACUUUAUACGUUAUAAGUUAUACAGUUUUUUAGUUAUCUAAACAAUUAUGAAGAGCAGAAAGCAGCAGAUUGUGGGCAGAACACUCGUUAAGUGUUGCCAUAUCGCUUUGUAAUUAGUGUUUUUAAUCCCGCCCCUAUUCAUCCAAAUUGCCCCUAAAAAACAACCCCUCUCCCACGAAAUCCUCGUUAUUCGUAAGCCUUAGUUUAAGUUGUCGUUUUCCUUUUUACCCCCACGUCCCCCACUAUUAAGAAUAUAACAAAUAUAUUAGUUACAAACAAGUUUAUUGGAACUUAACACCCCUUUUGUUGAUUGUUUUUAGUUGUGCCAGCGGGUAGAGGAACAAAAUUGAAAUGUCAAGCGAGCAGAGGAAGCAAACAAAAUAAAUUGUAACUAAAGUAUUAUUUUAAGGCAUAGUUUUUGUUGUAGCCAAUUACGGAGAACUCACCACACACGUAAAUCUUCACAGAGACACACACGCAUGAACACUCAGAACAAGAAUCCUAUCAUGUAAAAUUGUUCACGAAGAACAACUUACAAUUAAACUAAUUAUCAAUGUAAUUAAUACAUAUUAAACGAGAGAGAACUAAUAACAAAUCGAAAA